CCCAGUACCAUAACGACGGCGGUCCUCCGAUCAACAACCGUACAAGAUGACCGGAUGUGACGUCAUCGGCGGAUGUCCAAGCGACUACGUGGCACUUGCAAUCUCCAUUAUCUCUUUUAUGUUCCUUUUGGUGAGAUCAACGUUCCCUUUUUUAAUUCACAAGGUUCCUCGGCCUAAAGGAAGUAGCUUUUGGCUUCCUACGAUUCAAAUUGUAGCUAGCUUCAACCUUUUGGUGUCACUUGCCAUGUACCUUCAUGUUGUGAGGUUUCAUAGGAAGCAUUGGUGGCAAUCUUGUUAUGUCUGGGCAGUUUGGGUUAACGGUCCACUUGGAUUUGGAUUGUUAUUGAGCUGCCGCCUUAUACAAGCAGCCCACCUGCAUUCUGUAUUUGUCAAGAGGCGUUUAUUUCCUAUAAGAUCAUAUAUUAGUCUUCCUCUUGCUCUUCUGCCCUGGCUUGCCUGGGCUGCAUUUCUUCACAUAAAGCAGCCUCUAAAUAAUCGAUGUCACAUGGGGACCCAAUGGGCAGUUCCCCAUAUAUGCUUUCCUGUGCUAUAUAUUGGUGCUUUGGUUGCUAUUACUGGAGCCGUUCAUCAUAUUGAGUUCAAAUUUGAUGAGCUCAAGGACCUUUGGCGAUCAAUACUUAUAACCUUGUUUUCCAUUGUUGUAUGGGUGGUUGCUUAUGUUCUGAAUGAGACACAUGAGGAGAUCAUGUGGCUUCAAGUCACCACCAGAUGCAUGCUUCUAGUUGUGGCAAGUUUUCUUGUGGUGGCUUUCUUCUCUAUUUCAUUCUCUCAACCCCUGGUGUCGGUUAUGAGCUUGAACAAGAAGGAAAGCUUUAAUGUAAAGACAAUGGGUGAAGCUCUUGGGAUACCUGAUAGUGGGCUUUUGUCACUGACUGAUCCAACUCUAGAUGUCGAUCCAAAUGAACCCUUGGAUAAACUUCUAUUGAACAAAAGAUUCCGAUCAUCCUUCAUGGCAUUUGCUGACAGUUGUUUGGCUGGGGAAAGUGUUCAUUUUUACAAUGAAGUACAACAGCUUGAAAAAAUACCCGUAAACGAUCCUGUAAAAAGAAUUUACAUGGUACGACACAUCAUUGAGAAGUACAUAAACUCAGGUGCACCUAUGGAGGUAAAUAUAUCUCACAGGACCCGGCAAACAAUUCUCACAACUCCUGAUCUUGCUCAACCGGAUCUUUUCAGAAAUGCUGUCACUGAGGUGCUGCAGUUGCUAAACAUGAACUUGGCAAAAGAUUAUUGGUCAUCCAUGUUCUUCAUGAAGUUCAAAGAAGAAGCUGCUAUGAGAAGUGCUGAUCAUGAACUUGAACAAGUAAACGGUUGGAAUUUUUCUCCAAGAUUAAGCUCUGUUCAUUGUCCCGACGAUCCUUUCUAUCAAGACCACAUUCCAAGGGAUCCACCUAACCACGAUUUUCAUGUUUCAUACUCGACAAGAUGAUAUGAAGAUGCUAAGAUGCUGUUUCUAAUUGCAUAAAUGCCCUUAUACAUCUACCGAAGUGGUAUCCUGGCUGGUUGAAACCCAAGCAACAUUUGGCCCACCCUCUUUAUCCAUUGCCUAUGGGAUAGGGGAGAUUUUAACCUUGUCAUGAACCACGAGUCUCGGGCUGUUAACUCUCUAUAGGGGAAAAGUUGAGCCCUUCGCUCCUAAAAGAUUUCGUUUCUAGUGAAUGAGAUCACUCAGGAAGAAAUUUUGCCAUGUUGUACCAUUGUAUGUACAGUAAGUUGUCAUUAAAAUAUUGGUAUAGUUCAUUUCGGGUUUCA